UUAGCACGACUGGUGUUAUCAGAAAUCGCAUGCGCAGUUUCGGAACGUUAUCUUGUGACAUAUGUAAUACGCCUUUGCAAAGAACAAAGUGUCAAAAAACAAACGCAGCAGGCGAAUAUUUUCGGAGUAAAUUUUCACAACUUAACGUAAGAUACACAGCUAAGACAGGAGGACACAUUUCCAAAUUUUCGUACGAUAAAUGGCGGCUCACAAUUAUCUGAGCGAUCCGAAAAACCCGUUCUUCUCGUUGGAGGACGACGUGGACGAUGAGACGUUUCUAAAGAACGCGCCAGCGAGAAAUCAGCCAGCGGGACGUUAUCAGAAUUACAACAAUGACUUGACGCAACAGCGUCAGCAAUUGUUGGAACGUAGGAAAGAAAUAGAGGACCGAACGAUAAAAUCCUCAGAGAGAUCUGUCUCCCUUCUGAGAGACUCUGAGCAAAUUGGUGUGGCUACAGCUGAGGAAUUGAUUAGACAAAGAGAACAGUUACAGAGAACGGAGAAGAGACUAGAUGAUAUCAACAGUACAUUAAGAUUUAGUCAGAAACAUAUACAAGGCAUAAAAAGUGUAUUUGGUAGUUUAAAGAACUAUCUCAGUGGAAAAUCUCUGGAUGCUCCGAUACCAUCGACUAAAUUGUCCGAAUCAUCAAGUUCCGGAUCCGUAACGUCUCCCGCGCUGUCCAACACGCUGGAACAAGUGCAGAAUAACAUGAGCAAUUCCUAUUCGUCGCCAAAGAUACGAGACAAUUUUGAUGACAAUCAUGUGGAAGACACUAGACCAGCUAGCGACAGAGUGACCAGAGCCCUCGAACAGAAUCUGAAUGAGAUGAGCGGAUCGUUGGCGAAAUUGAAAAAUCUGGCGAUCGGUUUGUCCGAAGAGAUAGAUUUGCAAAACGAUCUGAUCGACAAUAUCACCGAUAAAACCGAUAAAGCGGAUAUACUGUUGCAGCAACAAAAUAAGGACAUGUUACAUUUGCUGAAAAAAUAAGCUUCUAAAUAAGUCAUAUCAGAGAGAUUACUUUCUUGAAGAAAAGUAUCAUGAUAUUAACAAUUAUUUCUGCAGCUGCAUGUUACACAAAUGACAUAUAUGAAUCUUCAACGUUAAUUUGUGUGGUUGAAUCAUAAGCUGCGCAAUAAUGAAACGCCAAGUAUUUUAUAGUUUUUCUGCAAUAUAAGUAUACUGACGCUAUUUAGAAUGAUUUCCUGUCAGCACACGUGCGAUCUUUCACGAACAACAAUUCCAUGCAGUAUACGUUUUUAAUAUGCGAGUAUUCGAGCGCGUAUAAAAAAACAUUUCUUAAUUAACGUUUCGUGAAAUUUCGUAGUCUUUAAUGCAAAGACAAAAAACUGUGAUAAGCAUACAUACAUAUGUAUAAUGCGCGAAACAAUUUUGUUUCUUAUUGCAAUUCAUUUGCUGUCGAGUAAAAACCAAGUGCAUGACUGUCGGGAAAAUAGGAACAAAAAAA